AUGGCAUCUAUAUCUCAUCCGAUCUUGCGGCGGACUCGCGGUCUUCCACGUCGGGACUAUAAUGCUCUACACAAUGGCCUCGUUUCCUCGUCUUCGGAGCAAUCCGAGGAAUCGAUCGUGAGCUCUUCACCCUCCCCACUUGAUCCCGCAUUCUUGGAGAGUAGCGGAGAUACGGCGAGUCCGCUCCCGUCAAAAAGACGAAAGACCAAGUCGUAUUCCAGUUGGACUGUCGAGCACUUUUGGACCACAGAUCUCGAUAGCACUUGGUGUCGGCGGGAUGGCCCGCCAAAGAAAGAUCGACUACUGGUGUGCAAGCACUGCAACUGGUCCUCCACGGAUUCGGCGCGCUAUGGUUCGACUUCAAAUUUGCUGGUGCACCUCCAAACCAAGCAUCAUAUCAAGUCUGGGACCGGCUCCAUUUUCUUACCCGCGGCCGAAGGAAACAUCGACCGAUUCUUGGAGACGCCAAGAAGGAAGGCUGGCGUUGAAGAGAUGCUAAUUCGAUGGGUCAUUCAAACAAGACAGCCCUUUACAAUAGUGGAGCACCCGGCUUUCAAGGCACUUAUUGAAGCAACGGGGGCUUCUUUGCCCAUCAAGACCGCUGAUACUCUGAGCAACCGAAUUAAGGAGGAAUUCCACUCACAUAGGGCUUACGUGAAAGACGAACUCAAGAGGAGCAGCCGGACACUUGCAUUGUCUCUUGACGUGUGGAUGUCGGAAAAUCAAAUUCCAAUCAUGGGUAUCAUCGGUCACUGGAUAUCCCCCGAGUUUGAAAAGUGA